UACGUAGAAUUCAAAUUUGAACGUUCCCCGCCUACUCCACUCUCUGUACGCUACACAAAGAAAUGCAAAAGACCUAAGAUUUCCAUUCUUCCCUCUUGUUCUAAUUCUAAACGAAUCUUUGUCGCAAGAAAGCUUUCUUUUCGAUUGUACCUAAACUUGUUUCCCAUUUCUCAAACGCCCCAAAAAGCUCUGAUCUUUAUGGAUGAUACCCAAUUCAACAAUCCGUACCAAGACCCAGAAACCCUAUUCCCAAAUUCCUCUGUUUCUGAGGUUUUUGAGUGGGGGAAUGAUGUCAAAUUGGACGAAGAAAGUAAAGAUUCCGUCAUUGAUGGAGAUUGGGAUUCCUUGGUUGAUUCCAUGCUUUGUGACUCAAAUUCAAGACUAAUCCCAUCUGGGUUUGCUAGGUCGAAUUGCACAGAUGAAAUUGUGAUGUUUGUAAAUGCUGGAUGUGAAGCUUCAAUUGAAGCAGAUUCCACUGUCAAAUUUCUGGGUGACACCAAUUUUGAAGGAGGAAAUGUUUUACGAACCAAUGAGCUUAUAAAUGAGGCCGUAGAUUACCCAUUCAUCUAUCAGUCUGCAAGAUUGGGUAACUUUUGUUAUCGGUUCGAUAAUCUUCCUUCCGGAGGCUAUCUUGUUGAUCUUCAUUUCGCAGAGAUUAUAAAUACAAAUGGGCCUAAGGGAAUGAGAGUAUUCAAUGUAUUCAUGCAGGAAGAGAAGGUCUUAACAGAAUUUGAUAUCUUUUCUGUUGUUGGAGCCAAUAAGCCGUUGCAAUUAGUUGAAUCAAUGGUCUCAGUGAAGGAUGAUGGAAUACUUGUUAUAAGAUUUGAAGGGGUUAUGGGAAGCCCAGUUGUUAGUGGAAUUUGCGUAAGGAAAGCGCCUAAGGUGUCAGUUCCUUGCACGUCACAAGAACAUCUCAAAUGCAACAAUUGUGCUGCUGAGAUUGAAGUUUCAUCAGAUCAGAAGAAACUCAUGCGGACAAAAGCUACAGACAAAUAUGAAAAGAAGAUACAAGAACUCAUUACUGAGUGCCAGCGCAAGACAAAUGAAUGUCAUGAGGCUUGGAUGUCGUUGACUACGGCAAAUGAACAGCUGGAGAAGACUAGAAUGGAACUUGAUAAUAAGACCUUUGAGACCCGCUCUUUAGUUCAAACUAUGGGGAAACAAUCUGAAAAUCUGAGGAAUAUUACCAGCAUAUAUGAACGUGAUAAAAAAUACUGGGCAGCAGCAGUCAAGAAUUUACAAGAAAAAAUUAAAAUGAUGAAGGAAGAGCAAUGUCAGCUUUCUCGUGAGGCACAUGAAUGUGCUGGUUCUAUACCUCAGUUGAAUAACAUGGUCACAGGAGUUAAGGCAUUGGUUGCACAAUGUGAAGAUCUCAAGGCAAAGUAUAGUGAAGAGCAAGCAAAGAGAAAGGAGCUGUAUAACCAAAUUCAGGAGGCUAAAGGAAAUAUCAGGGUUUUCUGCCGGUGUCGCCCAUUAAUUAAGGAGGAGAUACCAGCUGGAUAUAAAAUGGUUGUUGACUUUGAAGCAGCAAAGGAUGGAGAUCUUGGGAUUCUAACUGGUGGCUCCACUAGAAAGACUUUUAAAUUUGACAGGGUUUACACACCAAACGAUAACCAAGUUGAUGUAUUUGCGGAUGCCUCGCCACUGGUCAUCUCAGUGCUAGAUGGGUACAAUGUUUGUAUAUUUGCAUAUGGUCAAACGGGAACAGGAAAGACGUUUACAAUGGAGGGCACUGAGCAAAACAGGGGAGUCAAUUAUCGAACUCUUGAGCAAUUAUUUAAAAUUUCCAAGGAAAGGAGUGAAACUUUCACGUACAGUUUAUCUGUUAGUGUGCUUGAAGUCUAUAAUGAGCAAAUCAGGGACUUGUUGGCUACAUCUCCAACAUCAAAGAAGUUGGAGAUCAAACAAUCUUCUGAAGGGUCCCAUCAUGUUCCCGGCAUUGUAGAAGCUAAAGUUGAUAACUUGAAGGAAGUGUGGAAUGUACUGCAGGCUGGAAGCAAUGCUCGAUCUGUUGGAUCCAAUAAUGUCAAUGAACACAGCAGUCGGUCUCACUGUAUGCUAUGUGUAAUGGUAAAAGCAAAGAACUUGAUGAAUGGUGAAUGCACCAAGAGCAAGCUUUGGCUUGUAGAUCUGGCAGGCAGUGAGAGGCUGGCAAAAACUGAUGUGCAAGGGGAACGGCUUAAGGAAGCUCAAAAUAUUAACAGAUCCCUUUCCGCUCUUGGAGAUGUUAUAUAUGCUUUAGCAACUAAAAGUAGUCAUAUUCCAUACAGGAACUCUAAGUUGACACAUCUACUUCAAGAUUCCUUAGGGGGUGACUCCAAAACUUUGAUGUUUGUGCAAAUUAGCCCCUCAGAGCAGGACUUGAGUGAGACUCUGAGUUCGUUAAAUUUUGCAACUAGGGUUCGAGGGAUUGAGUUGGGCCCUGCAAAGAAGCAAAUUGAUACAAGUGAGCUUCAGAAGAUGAAAGCAAUGCUUGAUAAAGUAAGGCAGGAAUCCAAAUCCAAAGAUGAACUGUUAAGGAAGACAGAAGAGAGCUUACAAAACCUGGAGAGCAAGGCAAGGGGCAAAGACCAUAUUUACAAAAACCAGCUAGAGAGGAUCAAAGAACUUGAAGGCCAACUUGAACUGAAGUCUAACUUGUAUAGCCAGUCAGAGAAGCAAGUCUCACAACUUUCAGAUAAAUUGAAGGGGAGGGAAGAGAUUUGCAAUGCUCUCCACCAAAAGGUCAAGGAACUAGAGAACAAGGUUAGAGAGCGACAGCAGUCAGAUUCUGCUGCUUUUCAGCAGAAGGUUAAGGAACUUGAGAACAAGCUGAAAGAGCAAGCACGAGAGUCUGAAUUUCAUUCCCUCACACUUCAAAAUAAGGUUAAGGAGCUAGAGAGAACAUUGAUGGAUCAUGAACAUAACUCGGAGACCGUGUUACUUCAGCAAAAGAUUAAGGAGCUAGAAGACAAGCUGAGAGAACAAGAAAAGCAAUUACAGUGUAUGCAAAAUCAAGAUUUUCCUGGUAUAAUAAGGGCCACACCUAAUGCAGGAAAAACCUGCAUGAGAGAUGAUGAAUUCCUGAGGAGUUCAUCAAGUUAUGUCCUGAGGAGUUCAAACUCAAUUAACUGUCCAUCAAGUCAUGGCUCUGCACUGCCAAAAGGAAAUGAUACUCUCGUCCAUGAGUCAAGGAAGAAAAGACAAUACAGAAGUGGAGAAAUAGAGAACAAUCCGCCUAAAAUUGCUAGGGUUAUGAGAACAGCAAAGCCAGUGACAGUUGCUGCUCCAGGGCCAUUGACUCACAAGAGAAUUAAAAGAGAUCAGGGACAAGGAAUUAAGGAGAGGGAUGCUAAGAAAAAGAUUUGGUCUAGAUAGCAUAAUAUUAUUCAACCGAAACUUGUCUUUUUUUUUUUUUUUCUUCUUUAUGAUACAUAUGUAUUAAUAUUUUAUCCUCAAAAAAUAUAGUUCUCUCUGCGCUUAGCGUGAAUGAAAAUUACAUUUUUAAGCCAAUAGAAAUGAAAUUAAAAUUCCUUUAUA